AGUAAAAAAUCCUGCCAUCCUUCCACUUUGGCCCUGCUGUAGUUCCAUCAAGGAAGAUACUAGUAUGGUAACUUUUACUUGCCUGCUUAUUGAACAUGGCACACAGUCUUUGAAAAUCACGUGGGAACCUGAUAAUCCAGAAACACAAAAGGAGUGGACUGGAAUGGUAGGGGAAAGCAGUAAACUGGAACGGUACACAACAAGCCAACUCACCGUCUCUUCCUCCAGCUCCUCCGAACAUCAAUACAAAUGCUUUGUAAAAGAUAAGAAUGAUCUUCCCCCGGUACUCUUCACAAACAAACAUUGCUUUUUGCAACCUCUGAAACCCGUUGAUGUUCAGAUCUUAACCCCCAGUUGUGGCAAAGAGAGCUCAGUGGUCAAUGUGGAGCUGGUCUGCUUCCUGAGGAGCCUGAGUGGUGGAAAAGCCGAGGUGGAAUGGCUGAAGAAUGGAGUACAGGUGCAAGAGAAAGAAGAGGUGGUAUUGAGAUCCGUUGUAGGGAAGGGCAGUGGUUACUCCAGUUUCACCCAACUGAACAUCAGCAGAGAGAGUUGGGACAAAGGGGACCUCUAUACCUGUAAAGUGACGCGCCCGCCAGGCAGUCAAAACAUCACAAUGCACAAUGCCAGCAAAUGUCAAGUGUGCUACAGUUGCACGCAUCAACCCACCAUGUUUUUCACCAAGCCAUCUUACAAAAGCCUGCUUGAUAGGUCAGCCAUCCUGGUCUGCACCGUGGUCUCUCCUAACCUUGUGAGUGCUCAGAUCACUUGGCUUGUGGACAACAAGCCCAGCACGGAUGCUGCGAAUGAGAUGGUGACGAUGGACACUUAUGGAAGUCAGAUGUUGAGAAGCAACCACUCGGUGUCUUUGGAGCAGUGGACCAAGGGCACCAUCUUCACCUGUAAAGUAAGCGGGAGCUGCUUUGAAGAACACCAAAAGGACAUCACCCUCAAGAAGGCUACUCAAAUGCAAGCGCCCUCCGUCAUCAUUUCCCGCGCCCCUCUAGAGAUUUCCCUUGAGAGCACCACGGCCCUCAUUCUCAUCUGUGAUGUGAGCGGAUUUUCCCCAGCGGAGAUUAGCAUCUCGUGGGAAAGGAAUAAUGUAUCCCUGAAUGAAAAGUUGUACGAUAAUGGAAUGGCCACCAAGACGGCCAAGGGAUAUUCCAUGUACAGCAUUUUGAAAAUCAGCCGAGAUGAACCAGGAGGAAAAGGAGGCAGCUACUGCUGUAUAGUCCACCAUCCCGCUUCUCCAACACCCCUUGUGGCCUAUGAAAAGGUACCCAUUGAUUUCAUGAACCCUCGAGCACCUACAGUGGAACUCCUGCAGUCCGUAGAUCGGGAGAAGGUGGUGUUGAAAUGCAUCGCAACUAAUUACAGGCCCCCCAGGGUCGCCAUCACAUGGGUGGGUGGCCCGCAAAAUAAGAAGGAAGACGUUGUGGAACAGAGGAUGGCAGAUGGAACCUACUGGGCCAGCAGCCAACUCACCAUCCCCCUCUCCCAAUGGCAAGAAAUGGACAACAAGACUUGUGAGGUGGUACACCAACCAACGAGCACGAAAAAAAGCCAGAUGAUUUCCAGAAAAGACUGGGUUAUGACUCCCACGGCUCUCGUGGUGACUCUGAAUGCCCACCCACUCUGUCCAAGUUUAGGAACCAUCAGGAGUGUGACCUUAGUCUGUUCCAUCUAUAGCUCCUCCCGAGAGGACAUCCAAGUCACCUGGCAACCAGAUGGGAAAUUUCGAACAUCACCGAAGGUUCGGUCAAACAGUGUCCAGUUCUACACUAGUAGCAACCUCACAGUAUCCCUGCAGGAAUGGAACAAGCUAAAAGAAUAUACCUGCAAAGUAACUCAAGGUGGAAGAAAUCACACAGAAACAAGAACUAUCAGCAAGUGCAAAGCCUGUAAGAACAGUGUGCCACCUCCCACAAUGUAUCUACUCAAGCCACCCCUCGAGAGACUCUUCGUUCAAAACAGAGCUAUCUUGUCUUGCCUUGUGGUGGGCUAUGAACUGGAGAAUGUCAUCCUCACCUGGACGAUGGGCGGACUGAACCUCACCACGAAUGCCACCACGGAAAAAAUCAAGAGGCACCCAAAUCGGACCCAAAGUUUCCAAAGCCAACUUAACCUCACCGCUCAGAACUGGGAUGCUGGAAAGAAAAUCGAAUGCCUCGUUACUCAUAUCUGCACGCUUUUCCCUCAGGUGAAGCAGAGCAUCCAAAAAAGCUCAGAUGCCAGCCAAGCACCUUCUCUCUCUUUAGUCCUUCCGCCACCAUCACAACUGACACAACCUAUUUCCCAAGCUGCUGGUUGGUUGGCUUGUGUGAUCCAUGGCUUCUCUCCAUCUGAGAUACUCGUCACAUGGAAGAAGGGCAACAGAAGUCUAGAAGCCUCUGAGUAUAUCACAGGCCCAUCCAUACUUGAAACUGGGAAGUCCACUUUUUCUACUCAAAGCCUCCUGAAAAUCCCAGCAUCUGAAUGGGAGAAUAGAGUCAUGUAUAGCUGCCUGGUGGGGCAUGAAUCCCUAACUAUCAUGAAGAGCAUCAGUAAAUAUCUGUACGAUUUCCCCAAUCCCACUUCUCCGCGAGUAAUGGCAUUCCACACCUUUGAGGACAAUGGCUAUCCAAAACUUGUCUGCUUGGCUGCCAGCUUCUACCCCAAAACCAUCGACAUUCAGUGGAGCACCAAAGGAGAGAAACUCAGCUCCAUUCCAAACUGUUCACCUCUGGUGCUCCUCCCUGAUGGGACGUUCCAGAAGUACUGUAGUCUGACCAUCAGUGCAGAAGACAAGCACAAUCCACAAACAUACACAUGCACCGUGAAUCACCAUGCGACCAACACUAAGAAAGACGUGCAUAUUUCCGGAACAGUGACAUCUCUGAGCAAUAUGGAAGUGAUCAGGAUGCAGUUGCCAUCUUUCAAAGAGCUCUUCACAAACAGGAGUGCGGCUCUAACCUGCAUGAUGUCCCUCACGAACGCCAGUGCCAAUGCCACCUUCAACUGGGCCAUGGAUGGCAAACCAGCCAACAAUAAUUCAGUGACAAACGAAGUCUUCCAAGAAACCAAUGACACUUUUUUGACCUAUGGCCGACUGGAGGUGAAUCUGAGUGAAUGGAUCAAUACCACACAAUUCACCUGCAGCAUCCAGAGUGGCCUAGGAGAAACAGAGACGAAGCAUUUUGUCCGAAGGAAUGGGACUGUGAGACCCCCCAAAGUGGAUCUCCAGCGUCAGUCGUCCAGCGAAAACUUCAACGUAACCCUCCUGUGCAUUGCAAAAGAUUUCUAUCCAGAUGAAAUCUUUCUCAAGUGGGAAGAAGAGAACCAAGAGAUGUCCUUCAAGGGCUACGAUGCCCACAGCAUGAAGUGUGACCAUGAGAAACAAACAUGCUCCUUGUUGAGCAUGCUCGAAGUCCCCACCAGCAAAUGGAUGACGGGAGCCUCCUACAGAUGCCUUGUAGCUCAUGUCUCUUCUGAAAACCUAAUCGCUAGAACAACUAAUUUCUUAACUGAUUCCUGGGACUGUAGCCUCAUGGGAGCUGCUUUCUGCGAUAUCCGCAACGAAAGCGAGGAUGAAUACAGCGAGCUGGAAGAAGCCAAUGGUGUCUGGAAUAAAGUUUUCACCUUCAUUGUUCUCUUCAUCAUAGCCAUAUUUUACGGUGGCCUAGUCACUUUCAUCAAGGUGAAAUAACCCCCACCCUCACCCUUUUCCUAUCGAUGAAGCGCACCUCAAACGGGACCCCACCUUUUCCCCUCCAUCACCCAUGUCUCUCGUUCAUCCUUCCUGACCACUGUUCUGAGCUACGUGCUUCAUGGAAAGUCACAGCUAAGCAUUAAAUGUCACCAAAACGAUCCACUUCCACGCAUACCCGUCUCUGAUUUGGCCACCUUAACAAUAACAGGAAGAAACCAGUUGGCUCUCUGCAUGGAAGAAAAAGUUCUAGGAAACAAAGGAAGUGUAAUAUUGUUACCCAAAUGUUCACAAACGCUAAGAAACUCAUGAAGGGUGCACAAAUAGCAAAUUUGUCAGGGUUCCAAGUAACACACCCAAUGAAAGAAGACUCUGUUCCAUGUUAUUACAGUAUUUUCAUAAUAUAAGAUGCACUGGAGUAUAAGACGCACCAAGAUUUUGAAGAGUCAUAUUUUAAAAAAGG